AUGAAUAAUUUCCCCACUACUUCUAAUGGCUCUGCACAAGGUGCGGGGUUGAAAGAGCUUUUGGAAAAGUUUAAGUUUAUCCGGGUCUUGGAUUCCAACCCGCAGAACAAAGUGAUCUCGUUGCUGGGCAAAAUCGACAGACAGGAUGCUAUCGUCACAAUGGAAAAGAUGCACUUCAUGUAUGACACCAACGUGUUGAAAAAAGAGGACGGUCGCAAUACGCCGGUAUUGCACAAGUGCGAGGACGAGUUCUCAUGCCUCAAAUCGAUCCAGCAGAUGCGGGACAUAGCGUCCAACGAUAUAUACUACUGGGGUACCAGCUUGCUGAAACAGGAUAUGGAUCGCAAUCCGACCGCCAAAAUUAACCUUGUGUGGCCGGCCACACCGGUGCACAUUCGCAAAUACGAGGCGCAAAAUUUCCAUGUUAUCCGCGAAACUCCAGAAGUAUACCAACGCGUGGUGAAGCCUUACAUCGAGGAAAUGAGCAGCGAGUCGAGGUUGAGGUGGGUGCACAAUAUUCUAUACAACGGUUCGGAGUCCGAGCGCGUUGUCUACAAAGAUUUUGUGGAGGGCCAAGACGUGCCCAAAGGGUUCUUGAUAUUGCCUGACAUGAAAUGGGAUGGUGUCAAUCUGGACUCCUUAUAUUUGGUUGCGCUUGUGUUUCGCUCGGAUAUCCGGUCGCUCAGAGACCUCAGACCCCAGCACAAGCCGUGGUUGGUGGAGGUUCUCAACAAGAUCAGAACCGUGGUUCCUGCUUGCUACAACUAUGCGAUUCAUCCUGAUGAGCUGCGAGUGUUUGUCCACUACCAACCAUCUUAUUACCAUUUUCACAUUCACGUUGUGAACGUCAGACAUAGUGGAUUAGGUGACGGGGUUUCUGUCGGCAAAGCGGUUCUCUUGGAAGACAUCAUUGAACAGUUGAAUUUUCUGGGUGAUGAGGGGUUCGCUGGAAGAACAAUCACGUACAUUUUGGGAGAGAACCACGAUUUAUGGAAGUUGGGCAUGGCACAAGAAGUUGCACGGCAAUUGAGAGAAGACGGAAUCCCUAAGGCCCCAGAGGUCAUCAGUGACUUCAGUGAUUGA